AUCAUGGAGGUUAGAAUAUCUAUCAGCGCGUAGUAUAAUUACUUACAAUUUUGCAACAAUCAGUUUCUAAUAAACACAUUUUUAAGUUUGCACGUAAAUGCGCACAUCUUGUUUUGUCCUUUAGUUGUUCACCUUCUGCCGAAAAUUUCAUCAUUUUGAAUACUACUUGGUAUUAAAAUGCUCUUGAAAAAUUGUUUAUAUUAUGUACUGAUUAUGUUUCCUUUUAUUCAUGGACGGAAACCUAACCUUACUUUGUGACGAAAUUCUGAUAGAAACACAACACAUAUGGUCAACGGAAAGCAGUUGUGUUCAGUGCUCGAGCGAGCUGAGAUCCGGAUAAUUAUCGAAUCUUGAAAUACAAAUGGUUUACCAACGUGGAAGUCAAAGGGAGGGCUCCCCACAUUAUGUGUUUUUAUAUUCCGAUGAUGAAACUAGUGAAGAUGAAGAUAACAUUCCUCUGCAGCCAAGAAAAAAGACUGCAUCCUUACCACGUAAGGUGGAAGUCAUUAAUGUGCAAUUGAAAUCGGAAGAUACUUUACAAGCUUUGGCAUUGAGAUACAGAUGCACGAUAUCUGAGAUAAAAAGGAUUAACAAAAUUCAUAAAGAGAAUGAAAUUCAUGCAAGGCGCUUCAUAAAGAUACCAGUUCAACCGUUUUCAUUGUUAACUGAAACUGUGGAAGAGAUUCAAAGUGAACAAGCAGGUUCCAGUGAAGUAAGUAUGUCUACUGCUAACGAAGAGGUCAUAAGUACAUCUAUACAAAAUCCAUUAUUGAAUAUAAUGAAGAAUCCAGUUGUAACUCAGUUGCCAAAGGCAGAGAUUAAUGCAAUAAUAUUAAAUUCAGUAUGUGAGCCUUUAUCGUCAUACAAUAAUAGCAAUUCUUUAGAGAUAGUUAGCGCAGAAUCUGACCAAUUGCUUACUUCAACAGAUAGUAAUUCAAAUGGCACUCAUGUAACAGACACAUUUAAAUGUUCUGGCGACGACUGUGGAUUAUCCUGGACACAGCUCCUUGGGUUUUCCCUAUUAUUAGGUUUUGCAGGGCCUAUUAUAUAUAUACUUUAUAUAGCAGAAUUCUCAUCUAAGAAUCAUUCAACCAAUAAUCACUAAUAAUACUUUAACAAAAGUAUUCACAAAGGUUGCAACAAUGACAUAAUAUUAAGAGCUUUUUCAUAUCAAUGACAUUAUAGUAAAAUAAUAAAUUUAAAGUCUCUGUCUACUUGCCAUUACAUGACUGAUCUUAGCAUGAAAAAGAUAUUCAGUGAAAGAUCUGAAAAUGUUAUUUUCUUAUAUUAAUAGUACAUAAACAGGAUAUAUUUUUUAUUGAAUGGUAAAUAAGUUUUACAAUAUAUAAGUUAAAGUGCCUUUGCGAGCAUUAAAUCCAUUAAUAUUGUAUAAAAAAGUUGUGAAUGUUUUUGCAUGUAUGAAUAUAUAUUGUUAAACUGAGUACUAUGUGAGUACUGUACAUAUAAUUGAGAGAUCGCCAAAGAUGUAUCCACUGGCAGUUGAACUGCUGAGAAGGAUUUUGUACAGAAAAAAAUACGAGAUAUUCUUUUUUAAAGCCUUGACAAGCACACAUGAUAUUAAACGACUUUUAAUUGCACUUUUUUAUAUUAUCAGUAUUAAAAAAAUAUAUAUAUAUACAUAUGAUUAACACUGAUGAAAUCAACUGUUUUAUGUCCUUAAUAUUGUGUUUGCUUUAAUAAAAUAUAAACAAAUCAUAGGAAUUGGAUGGAAUAUCUAUGUAUAUGGUAACAUUUUUAUGUAAUCAUGACAAUAACUAUUUUAUUCGAUAUUAUGUAAAUUGUGCAUUUGAUAUUUUCUUGUUGAAAACUUUAAGAAAUAUAUUUUUUAACAUUAAA